GCGGCCCAGGAAGUCUCGCGAUAGCGAGCGGCUGCCCUUGGCCGCCGAGGGCUGCCGGGUGUGUAGUUCGGAGCUUAGGGUGUUUAGCCAUGGCGCAGAAGCUUAUUCAGCGGUACUGGGACAUCCCCGACGGCACCGAGUGUCACCGCAAGGCCUACGCCAGCACCAGUAUCAGUGGUGCCGUUGGCCUGAUCACCUCCGCCUACAGCGUUGCACUCAAUCCUCCUGGCUCCUUCCUGGAGGGAGUCGCCAGGACAGGACGGUACACGUUUACUGCAGCCGCCAUUGGUGCCGUGUUUGGCAUUGUGUCGUGCGUCAGUGCCCAGGUCCGCGAAAAGCCCGACGACCCCCUGAACUACUUCAUUGGAGGCUGCGCCGGAGGCCUGACCCUGGGAGCACGAACGCACAGCUACGGGAUUGGGGCGGCAGCCUGCGCGUACAUGGGCGUGACGGCAGCCCUGGUCAAGAUGGGCCAGUUGGAGGGCUGGAAGCUGUUCGCGGAGCCCAAGGUGUAAGCCCCGCCAUCUCCCUCAGCCUUGGGCAGGUCGGAAUACCCCUAAAAUUAAAUUCUGUGUACAUUUG